AUGUUCGUGGCCCAGUCGUUUGCUGCGCCAGAUCACGAUAUUGGGAUGAAAUGGGCGGUGAGGACCGCUCGCGAGAUGCAUUCCAAGGGAGUUGGCCUGAACUUGAAGGACGGUACUUCGUCGGUGAUGUUGCAGUGCUGUAUCGAUUACUUUGUGCAUGCGAUGCCGUUCAUACCUCGGCACACGGGAUUUGUGGAGGUGUUCAGUGGAAAAGGUGGCACUACUGAGCGAGUGAGAUCUAAACAGAUUCGAGCCUUUGCUGUAGACCGCACUCUCAAGACUGAUGGCUCGCAUGACGUCUGCACCGCGGUCGGCCUCCUCUACGUCCUGUGGCUUCUGGGCACGCUCCGCGUCGGCAGCUUCGCCCACCUGGCUCCGGAAUGCUCGACGUGGAUUGGCUUGGCCCGCGCGCACACCAGGCGCCGCCGUGGCGACACUGAAGGUGACGUCUCGCGGGAGAAGGUGUUGGAGGCCAACCACGUGGCUGCCUUCACGUCCUUGCGGUCCUACGUGAUGGUUCUUGCCGCGGUGCGCGGCUUCUAUGUUUCCGUGGAGCAGCCUGCGCACAGCUUACUGUUUCACGACCCUUCAAUGGUGGAUGCGAUCAAGAAUGUAUCUGCCAAGAAAAUGUUCCUCUGGAUGGGCGGUUGGGGCGGCAACUCAUUGAAACCUACUGAGAUCUACUACACCUGCCCCGCCGAGAGGUUCAGCGUUCUCCACAAGAGUUUCAAGGAGGCGGCUGCGGUUCAGGGCAAGGGCAAGGGCAAAGCCAGUGCCAGCACCGACAGCCGCGUCGUCAUUCGUCAGAAGAAGAGUGCUCGCACCUCUGGCAAGGGCUGGAAGACUGGCGAGUGGAUCACGGGGAAGAAGGCGGAGCUCAAGCAGACGCAGGAGUACCCUGACAACUUCUGCGCAGCCUUCGCUGAUCUGAUUGAGUCCGUGUUCGACGCCCCUGGAACGGCGUCGCUGAGCAUGCCGUCGGUCUUGAAGUACUAG